GACAAAUCCUCUAGGCUACGACGGCUACAAAUUAUAAAUUAUAAACGUUAUUUAAAAUACUUACGUUGUAUACAUUUUGAAGUUAUACGUAAUCAACAAAAUAUUUUUUUGCAUUAAACUAAUGUCAAAUCAUAAUUUUGCCAACCUAAAACAGAUGAUGAUUAAUCACAAUGAGGAAAACUUAAACAAGCUAAAUAUUUUUUACGUAUUUAUUACGUAAUGUACCGUUAGACUUUUUUUAAACUCCUUAUCUCGUGGCCGUUAUAAUUUAUUUGCUGAUGCAAUAUUCCUAAUUACUACACUCAACUUAAACACAACAGUGUCAAAUAAUAACUCGUAUAUUACUGUUGUUCCUUUGUUCACUUUAUUGAAUUUUAAAAUAUCUUAUUAAAAAUUUCGGUAUCAACAAAAAUGGUUUUCUUUAAAAUAACCAUUGUAAUUUUUUUACUAAAAUACGUAAUUGGAUUGCACGGGAAUGAUUUGGAAAACAUCACACCUCCUCAUUGUACGCAAGUUGCAAAAGACACAGACUAUGUAUCCAAAUUUAAAUUUGAUUAUCCAGUCUCUUAUCUUAUACCAGGUCAACGUGAAGCAUAUCAACAAAUGUACUGUAUUAACCCUGCAACAGUUAAUAAAGCGGUAGCAACAGUUUGUGAUUGGGUUUCGCCACCACAGGCUCAUUUCACUCUCGGUGAUGACUACCUACACGUAGUACGUCAAGAUCCUACUGGAAGAUACCUCGGAAAUGCGGUGAUAACUACGUAUCAAUACUGUAACCACAACAUAUCAUCUGAUUUACUUGACGCGAAGGCCCCAAUUGUUACGCAAUUUUUGUAAUGCUUAAGCUAAUUAUGUGAGAAAAUUCGAACUUCUUUGAUUAAUGUCAUCUAUUUGACUGAGUGUUGUUGAUUAAACGAAACAAUCAUUUAAUUUCUCGAAUGA